AUGAAUCCUCAAGAGUCCAUACACGAAGAGAAAACUAAACAGCCGGUCAAUGCUUCUGUAGAGACUGAAAGCAAGGAGAAGUCGAAUUCGCCGGCGGAUCUUGAGGCAGGGGUUCGUCAAAAUGAGACUGUUGACGGAGAACCAGCACAGGAGGAAGAGGAUACCUACCUUCAUGGAUUGCCUCUAGUACUAAUGACACUUUCACUUAUGCUACUGCUAUCCCAAAGAUCACAAGCAAGUUCGAUAGUCUUGGUGACGUUGGUAACCUGGUAUGCAUCGGCCUAUCUCCUUACCCAAAUGUCCUUCCAACCUACCUUCGGCAAGAUAUACACCUUCUUCAACCUGAAAUGGGUGUACUUGAUAUCUUCAAUCAUAUUUGAAGGGGGUUCUAUACUUUGUGCUGCCGCACCGAGUUCACCAGCCUUUAUCAUCGGGAGGGCCAUUUCUGGGCUUGGCGCCGCAGGUAUCUUCUGCGGCGCUAUGAUCAUCAUUUCCAAGAUUGUGGAGAUGAGAAAAAGACCAUUACUGUUAGCUAUAAUCUCCAGUAUGUAUGGCAUUGCUUCGGUCAUCGGUCCUUCGCUUGGUGGUGUUUUCACUCAUUCCAAGCAACUCACUUGGCGAUUCUGUUUUUGGAUCAACUUGCCUUCAGAUGGCGACCAUACCCUCAAGGAAAAGAUACUUGGCCUCGGCCUAAAAAGCGCGGCGAUUCUUGCAGGAACUCUGAUAUGUCUCUUCCUGGCUCUACAAUGGGGAGGCACCAAACAUCCUUGGUCCGAUUCACGUGUCUGGGGCUGUCUACUUGGCUUUAGUCUUCUUCUAAUGCUUUUCGUCUAUAUCCAAGUACGACAAGGAGAAGCUGCGUUGAUCCGCCCUCGCAUCAUCUCACAGAGAUCUGUCUUCCUUGGAUGCCUCUUUUCGGCAUUGUAUCAAGGAGCUAUGACUACGCAAACGUAUCAUCUCCCGUUCUAUUUCCAGGCUGUCAAGGGGGUGGAUCCCCAAACAUCUGGUGUUGAUAUUCUACCCCAUGGGGUCACCGUCACGGUAGCUACUCUUAUCACCGGCUCCAUCAUUACUUGGCUGGGAUACUACGUACCAUUUAUGUGGGCUGGCUCAGCAAUCUUCACAACUGGUGCAGGUCUGUUGUACACGAUCUCACAAAACACCCCAAUGGCGAGAUGGUUUGGCUACGAAGUUCUAGCUGGAGCUGGCUUCGGUAUAGCAAUCCAGAUUCCAAUCUUCGCUGUACAAGUCGUCUUGGACGCAGGGGACAUUCCCCUGGGAACAGUGCUGAUCAUCCUAUCUCAAGCCCUGGGAGGUUCAGUGGGUCUAUCCAUCUCCCAAAACGUCUUCCAGAACUCUCUCCGCCAAAGGCUAAAGACAAUACCCGAUAUUGACGUCCAAGCUGUUAUCGCUGCAGGCGGGACUGAUUUGGAACAUGCCGUGUCGGCUGAUUCUCUCGCCUACGUCAGAGAUGCGUUUAGGUAUGGUAUCUCGAAUGCUUUCCUUGUCUCGACGGCACUUGGCAGCGUCGCCUUUUUGGCCAGUAUCGGAAUGGAACGAAAAAGGAUCAAGUCAAAGAAGGAAGGAGUUGACUUGUAUAAGACCGCACGGCCUUUCGAUGUUUCUAUCUUCUCUAGUCGAGGCUCAAUUGAUACGAAAAUGACUCUCGCUAAGGUUGCUUUCACUCUGGUCAAUUUGGUGGCUGUGGGUUCAGCUGCGAAGAAUGUGGCGGAUGGAUUUGUUGCUGCACCAUACUACCCAGCUCCUUAUGGAGGAUGGGAUGAAUCUUGGGCAGCUAGCUAUGCCAGAGCUAAGAAGAUGGUUGACUCUAUGACGUUGGCUGAAAAGACCAACAUCACAGCUGGCACAGGUCUCUUUAUGGGUAAGAAAGACAAUCUGAGUCCUUGCAACGGUAACACUGGAUCGGCUGAUCGUGUUGGCUUCCCUCAACUCUGUCUCAAUGACGCUGCCAAUGGCGUUCGACUAGCCGAUAACGUCACCGUCUUCCCAGAUGGAAUCACAGCAGGUGCAACAUUCGACAAGAAACUCAUGUAUGAGCGCGGUGUGGCAAUUGGAAAGGAAGCACGUGGUAAGGGCGUGAAUGUCUGGCUCGGUCCUUCAGUUGGGCCUAUCGGUCGCAAGCCAAAGGGCGGACGCAACUGGGAAGGCUUUGGGGCGGACCCAGCGCUGCAAGGUAUUGGUGCACGAGAGACGAUCAAGGGUGUUCAAGAGCAGGGAGUCAUUGCUACGGUCAAGCAUCUUAUUGGUAAUGAGCAGGAGAUGUAUCGACGACAGACUACUGAUGUUGUAUCUCCUGCAUACUCGGCAAACAUUGAUGACCGAACCAUGCAUGAGCUGUAUCUCUGGCCUUUUGCUGAGGCAGUAAAAGUUGGAGUUGGAGCGACCAUGACAGCUUAUAACCGAGUCAACGGCACUAUAUCCAGCGAGCACUCAUAUCUCAUCAACGCCUUGUUGAAAGAAGAGCUCGGCUUCCAAGGCUUCGUCAUGACAGAUUGGCUCUCUCAAAUCACCGGUGUCCAAUCAGCCAUUGCAGGGAUGGACAUGAGCAUGCCCGGUGAUCCUAUCAUCCCUCUCUUCGGCCGGUCAUUAUGGAUGUACGAACUGACCAGGUCGGCACUCAAUGGAUCAGUUCCCAUGUCGAGACUAAACGACAUGGCUACUCGUAUCGUGGCAACUUGGUAUCAGUUCGAACAAGACAAGGACUUUCCAUCUGUCAAUUUUGACACCAACACAUACGACAGAGUCGGUCCUCUGUAUCCAGCAGCAUGGCCCAAUUCACCCUCAGGAGUCGUCAACCAGUAUGUUCAAGUCCAGGACGACCAUGACGAGAUUGCCCGACAGAUCGCCCAAGACGCUAUCACUCUCCUCAAGAACGACGACAAACUUCUUCCUCUCAGCACCAAGAGCCCACUAAAGGUAUUCGGCACUGGAGCGCAGACCAACCCCGAUGGCGCUAACGCCUGCGUCGAUCGAAGCUGCAACAAGGGCACAUUGGGUCAAGGUUGGGGAUCGGGUACAGUCGACUACAUGUAUCUCGAUGACCCCAUCGGCGCCAUCAAGAAGGAAGCAGGAGACGUCACAUUUUACAACACUGACAAGUUUCCAUCUGUUCCGAGCCCUUCCGGUGACGAUGUUGCAAUUGUCUUCGUUACCUCAGAUUCGGGUGAGAAUCAGUACACGGUUGAGGGUAACAACGGUGAUCGGAAUGCGGACAAAUUGAACGUAUGGCAUAACGGCGAUGCGCUUAUUAAAGCUGCCGCGGAUAAGUACAAGAAUGUUGUCGUUGUCAUUCACACUGUCGGGCCUGUUCUCGUUGAUCAAUGGAUUGACCUUCCAUCGGUCAAGGCUGUCUUGGUUGCUCAUCUUCCCGGACAAGAGGCUGGAAAGUCUCUCACUAAUAUCCUGUUUGGUGAAGUGUCGCCGAGUGGUCACUUACCCUAUUCCAUCACGAAGAAGGAAGAGGACAUGCCCGAGAGUGUGACCAAGCUCAUUGACUCAGGCUUCGUCGAUGCGCCGCAAGAUACUUACAGUGAGGGAUUGUUCAUCGACUACCGCUGGCUCAACAAGGAAAAGAUUCGACCUCGAUAUGCAUUUGGCCAUGGGCUGAGCUACACUAACUUCACCUACACCAACGCGACCAUCAAGAGAGGUACCCAGCUAAGCCAGUAUCCUCCCAAGCGACCCGCAAAAGGAAAGGUUCUGGACUAUUCGCAAGACAUUCCAGACUACAAAGAAGCGAUUAAACCCAGCAGCUUUAAAACCGUCUGGCGCUACCUAUACUCUUGGCUGUCCGAAUCCGACGCAAAGUCCGCCGCCGCAAAAGCCGAGACAUCCAAAUACCCUUACCCAGACGGCUACUCCACCGCGCAGAAGACGGCUCUUCCCAAAGCCGGCGGUGUUUCAGGCGGCAACCCUGCUCUCUGGGACGAAGCUUAUACUCUGUCUGUAGUGGUGACUAACGCAGGUUCCAAAUUCUCCGGCAAAGCUUCUGUGCAGGCCUACGUCCAAUUUCCGAGCGUUGCCGGAUACGAGACUCCCACUAUUCAGCUGCGCGACUUUGAAAAGACCAAAGUUUUAGAGCCUGGCUCGAGUGAAACCGUGCAAUUGACUUUGACCAGGAAGGACUUGAGCGUCUGGGAUGUGAAGGCUCAGGACUGGCUUGUCCUUGAUGGGGAGUUUAAGAUUUGGCUGGGGUCUGCAAGCGACAAGUUGGAUGCUGUCUGCUUCACGGAUGAUUUGGGCUGUGAGCACGACGUUAAGGGACCAGUAUCAUACGAUUCGUAGAUAUCCCGAAAUCAAUCUGAGGAGAACCGAGGCUGCAGCUGGGGAUUGAUGUGAUUCUAGGCUUGGGGAAUUAGCUCUGAUCUGUCAAAACGCCAUGGUUGAUCAUCAUAUUUUGACCAGGCUGUGCUGCAGCUUAAUAGGGGAAUUCUUUACGGUUUGACCAAUAGCAAAUUUUCCUGAUAGUCAAAUUAUGAAAAUGCGCAUUAUGUGCAUAUCUACCGCCCACUAAACUUUGCAC